GAUCACAUGGGACGAGGUUCCAUUUUGUGGCGUAGUUAACGCUCGACCUACCCAGUCGAGGCGAGGACGUCGUCGGGGGCGGUUGUCAACUCAUCUUUGUCCGUUGACACCUGCACUUUUUUUAAAAAAAAAACAAACAAACCCCGAGAACAGACGAUCCUACUCUAAAACGGUACCAUGAGUGGUUGUCGUGUAUUCAUCGGAAGGCUAAAUCCAGCCGCCAGAGAGAAGGAUGUGGAGAGAUUCUUCAAGGGAUAUGGACGCAUCCGAGACAUUGAUUUGAAGAGAGGUUUUGGAUUUGUGGAGUUUGAAGAUCCCAGAGAUGCUGAUGAUGCAGUCUAUGAAUUGGAUGGAAAAGAACUCUGCAGUGAAAGAGUUACAAUCGAACAUGCUAGAGCCCGCUCUAGAGGUGGAAGAGGUAGAGGGCGUUAUUCUGAUCGUUUUAGCAGCCGCCGUCCACGAAAUGACAGAAGAAAUGCACCACCUGUAAGAACAGAAAAUCGUCUCAUUGUAGAAAAUUUGUCUUCUCGAGUCAGCUGGCAGGAUCUCAAAGACUUCAUGAGACAAGCUGGGGAAGUAACAUUUGCAGAUGCACACAGGCCCAAAUUAAAUGAAGGGGUGGUUGAGUUUGCCUCUUAUAGUGAUUUAAAGAAUGCCAUUGAAAAACUUUCUGGCAAGGAAAUCAAUGGAAGGAAAAUCAAACUAAUCGAGGGCAGCAAAAGGCACAGUAGGUCUAGAAGCAGGUCUCGCUCCCGUAGCAGGAGUUCUUCAAGAUCCCGUAGCCGUUCUCGAUCAAGAAGCCGCAAGUCUUACACCAGAUCCAGGAGCAGGAGCCGUAGCAAAUCAAAAUCUGUUAGUCGAUCUCCUGCCCCUGAAAAGAGUCAGAAACGUGCUUCUUCCAGUAGAUCAAAGUCUCCUGCUUCUGUGGAUCGCCAGAGAUCACGCUCAAGGUCAAGAUCUGUAGAUAGUGGCAACUGAAUUGUUGCCUUUGAACUUUUAAAACCAUACUUGCUAAUAGUUGUGGUAAGUAUGUGACUUUUGGGAAAGAAGGACUGAACCAGGGGAGGGGAGGGUUGUAACAACUUUGUAAAUGUGGACCAUCAGAAAGUUACUGAACUAAUUGUAUUCUCUUUUUGAUAAUCUUUUUCUUGCUCACUUCAUUAAAUCAGAAGUGUGUAGCUUAAUGUAUAUUGCUAGAGUUCUUUGAAGAAACUAAUUUUUUUGUAUUUAAAAAAAAUUCUAAUUCUGAACAUUUUCUCAAUAUACUCUUAGUAAUUGAAAUUUGGGAUGUUAAAUGUUUUAAAUUGGUUAAUUGAGCUUUACACCAGCUGUAAAUAAAGCUUUAUUUCAGGUUUUGGGAAUGAUUCCCAAAUA